UCUCUGUCGAUGUAUCAUCUAAUCUUCUCUCUCACACCAAUACAUUCACAGCGACAGGAGAGAGAUAAAAGAGUGAAGACAGAGAUAGAGAGAGAGUUACCAAAUAGACCAAACCCUGAAGUUAAAUUCACACCAACUACUUUGAUCAUUAGCUCAUCCAUAACCACAUACUCUCUUCUCCGUCUCUCUCUCUCUCUCUCUCCUUAAGCUUCAGCUUCUUUCGAUGGCGAAACCAAACUCAGAUGACUUCGCCUCCAAGAGACACAACAGCUUCCACUGGACACGAAAAGUCGGAUCAAACGAAAACGACGACGUUUCUUCCCAUAAUCCUCUUCCCGACAGCACUAAACCGCUUCCCAAACACAACCCUUCCUCUUCAUCUUCCUCCACUGCAACCACUCCCAAAAGAAAACUCCAAUCUUUCGCCGUCUCUCGUCUCCGUUCAGUCAUCGCUUCCCUCAGCAGAGCCCGACCCGGCAACAGCAACUCCGGACUCGGGUCACGGGUCGUGGGAACGCUUUUCGGAUCACGCCGCGAACACGUGCAUUUCUCAGUCCAGAAAGAUCCGACUUCCCCUCCGGCGUUUUUAAUCGAGCUAGCGACUCCAAUCAGCGGACUGGUCAAGGAGAUGGCUUCGGGACUCGUGAGGAUCGCUCUGGAGUGCGACAAGGCCAAGGAGGAAGAGAAAGAAGAGGGAGAUAAGGGAAGACGCCGUCACGGCGGAGGAGAUAAGACCAAGGUUACGGUUCCACGGCGGUUGGUGGAGGAGCCGAUGUGGAGGACUUACUGUAACGGGAAGAAGUGCGGGUUCGCGACGAGGAGGGAGUGCGGUGAGAAGGAGAAGAAAGUUUUGAAGGCGCUUGAGAUGGUUUCCAUGGGCGCCGGAGUUUUGCCGGAGACGGAGGAGACAUCCGUCGGCGGUGGUGGUGAUAUAAUGUAUAUGAGGGCGAAGUUCGAGCGAAUUGUGGGGUCGCGUGAUUCGGAGGCUUUCUAUAUGAUGAAUCCUGACAGCAAUGGAGCUCCUGAGCUCAGUAUCUAUCUACUCAGAAUCUGAUGAAGACGACGAAUCGAAGAAGAUGAUCCUACCAAAGCCUCUAACUGAGAAGGAAGGUUUCACGGUUAAGGAAGAUUAUUCCGGUUUAGUUACUUUAAAUAGUCGGUUAAGUGGUUCUUUUGGGGAAUUAAAGUACUAUGUCUCUAAUACUCGAAAAUCGUAUUUUAAUCGACGUGAACGUGAUCGAUCGAUAAUGCGUUAGAGCAAGUUUCUUUUUUUUUGGGAGGUGGGCUUAGAAGGUUUUUAAACUUUGGUAUAUGGAGCUGGAGGACUUGUAAAUGUAUAAAAUUCGCUUUUUUAAAUGUGUAAUCUCUU